AUGUUCGGGAUCAUUGCAGACCUCAUUGCCUCCGCUACCACCAUCGUCCUCCCGGCGUACCUCUCCUACAAAGCACUGCGCACCAACGACCCGGCUCAAACGCACCCCUGGCUGAUCUACUUCACCAUUCUCUCCCUCACCCUGCUAUUCGAAUCUUGGACCCUGUUCAUUAUUGGCUGGAUCCCCUUCUACUCGUGGCUCCGCCUCAUCUUCCUCCUCUACCUCGUCCUGCCUCAGACACAAGGUGCCAAGAUCCUCUACCUGGACUACCUGGAACCCUACAUCGUCCACCAUGAACGGCAGAUUGACCAGUUCAUUGGCGAAACUCAUGACAAGCUGCAGCAGAUGGGCUUGGGGUAUCUGAACAUAGCAAUUGAAUGGGCACGAGAGAAGAUUCUGGGCCAGAAGAGUCCGCAGCAGGAUACUAGUCAGCAGCAGGCAGCCGGAGUAGGGGGCUAUGCCAGCUACGCAUCAGACCUCCUUUCCCGCUUUGCCAUGCCGGGCGCAAGGACGAACACCCCCACCCAGCCCGGCACCACAUCUGCGGGAGUGUACAACAUGGUAUCGAGCUUCGCUGCCGGCCUGGCUUCGACAUCCGGCUCUCAAGGCACAUAUCGCUCUGCAGCCGCCGAAGCCGCUUCCAUCUCCAUACCCCCGAACCUCUUCCAGUUUGAGAACAUCCCCGGCCAGUCCACGGCCGAGAAGUCCUCCUUCAUCACCGCACAGCGUGACAGGCUGAUGGGUUUGGUGAAGAUGCUAGACAGCGAGCAGCAGAACUUGGACCUUGCCUACGGUGCCGCUCCCGGUGAAAGCAGCGGACGAGGCGGGAAUGGCGGGCAUAGCAAGCGGCCCUCGAGCUCUGGGUCUGGCUUAGCCAUGGGCGGCGGCUUGAAGACAAAGGCGCCGAGCGAGCAGUCCUUUGAGAACGUCGACUACGACGAAGCCACCGGGGGCUCGAAUACGCCGGCCGACCCGCAAGAUCGUCGGCGGACAAGCGGUGGUGACGGUGGCGGCGCGGGCUGGAUGCCCUCAGGCGUUAGUGGAUGGUUCUCAGGUAGUGGCCCCGGUGGCGCCCCUGAAGGCGAUCGCCACUAUGACCGCGCCGAGCGGGACAUGGACAGGGAUCCGAUGCGAGGUUCCGGGCCCGGGUCGUCGCCGUCCGCGAGAGGAUCCCGCGGAUGGACUGCGGCGAGGGAUAUCACGGACGAGAUCUCCCGCGGCAUGAGCAGUGGCGUGGACUCGUUGAUGGGAGACUACGAGCGACGGCGAUGA